AACAACUCGAGCCGGAGGAGUUUCGGGAAAUUAUCCAUGCAUUUAGUAAGGACGACAUUCCUUAUGCCCCAUAUCUCAUACUUGAGCCGGAGCAGAUUCGCCAGCUCACUAAUUCUUUUGGUCCGGACAUCGUUCACAUAUAUCACACUGCUGUCUCAGGGAUGUUCCUCUUCAAUUACGAAUGGAAAACCUAUUUUCUACUUUCCUUUCCAGAAAAGCUAUUGCCGGAAGAGACACGUCAACUCAUUGAUGCAAUUGAAAGACUCGGGCCUGAGGAGACACGCCAACUCAUUCAUGCAAUUGACAAUCUGAAGUGGGAACAGAUGCUCCAGCUUAUUGAUACUAUUGGUGAGACCAUCGUUUACCACAAUCCCAUGACCAUCACAUGGCUUUUCCUACUUUUUGAAAACU